CUUUUUCAUAGCUAAACGAAAUGCACCUCAGUGGUCUGUAGGCAGGCAGGCAGGCAUCGACGUGCCCACCUCGUUCCGCUCUGACGUCUGAGAUCGCGAGAUCGGGAACCCCUGCCCGUCUGCUCCGGAAUCUCGCCCGCACGAAACUUCCCCGACCCAUCGACCACACCAGCCCCAUCCCCUCCGUCGCUCCCAAGUCCCAACUGCCGCCACCUCUCCGCGAGCCGACGCCGACGCCUACGGUCACCAGGACAGAGGGACGGCUGCUACCGCGGGAGUAUGGGGGUGGACUACUACAAGGUGCUGCAGGUGGGGCGCGGCGCCUCUGACGACGAGCUCAAGAAGGCUUACCGGAAGCUGGCCAUGAAGUGGCACCCGGACAAGAACCCCAGCAACAAGAAAGAAGCGGAGGCCAAGUUCAAACAGAUCUCAGAGGCAUAUGAGGUGCUAAGUGAUUCCCAAAAGCGGGCAAUCUAUGAUCAGGCCGGCGAAGAGGGGCUUAAGGCUCAGGUCCCACCUACUGGAGCAGGUGGUCCCAGUGGGUCUUCCUUCUAUGGAGGGAAUGCAUCGACAUUCCAGUUCAACCCUCGCAGUGCAGAUGAUAUUUUUGCUGAGUUUUUUGGGUUCUCAAGCCCAUUCUCAACCAUGGGUGGCAUGGGCGGAGGUGCUGAGAGAGGCAUGAGGGGCUCCAGGUUUGGGAUGUUCGGCGAUGACAUAUUUGGGUCCCACCCUCAGUUUCCUGGUGAGGCAUCAAUGCAUGUUCCACAGCGGUCUCAGAAGGUUCCUCCAAUUGAGAAUCGGUUGCCAUGCAACCUUGCUGAUUUGUACAAAGGUACCACCAAGAAAAUGAAGAUUUCACGAGAGGUUUUAGAUGCCAGCGGGAGAACUUUGGUUGUUGAGGAGAUCUUAACGAUAGAUAUAAAACCUGGAUGGAAGAAAGGGACAAAAAUAACAUUUCCUGAAAAGGGUAAUGAGGCUCCUCAUAUAAUUCCUGCAGAUAUUGUUUUCAUAAUUGAUGAGAAACCCCAUGAUGUAUUCACAAGAGAUGGUAAUGAUCUGGUUAUGACUCAGAAGAUUACUUUGGCUGAAGCCUUGACAGAAUGUACUGUUAAUAUAACAACAUUAGAUGGUCGGAAUCUGACAGUGCAGAUAAAUAAUAUCAUCUACCCUGGCUAUGAGGAGGUUGUUCCCCGAGAGGGAAUGCCGAUUCAGAAGGAUUCUUCAAAGAAGGGAAAUCUUAGGAUCAAAUUUAGCAUUAAAUUCCCCUCGAGGCUGACCUCGGAGCAGAAAGCAGAAAUCAAGAGGCUACUAGGUUCAUAAGGAGCAUGCACAACCUUUUUUUUUUCUGGUGACGCAAUGCUGUAUCCAGUGUACAUUCAGAUGUUAAAUGUGAAUACCAGCAAAGUCUCGGUUUCCUUAAACUGUGCCAGUUCCUUUGGCAUAUGGAUGUUUUGAGAUGCAAAGUUGAAUUGUUUCAUUUAUCGGGGAAUAAUUCUAAAUUCUACU